AUGGAAGAGAGUGUGACUCAACCCAUCCCUCCGCCACCACCUCCUCCACCUCCGGUUGACCGUGAAACUGUGAAGCUUUUUCUAGAGCAAAAACCUCCCGUCUUUGAUGGAAUGGGAGAACCGGCCCAGGCUGAAUCAUGGAUACGCGCAUUGGAGCGCAUUUUCGCAAUCCUAGGGUGCAAUGAUAGGGAACGGAUGAAGACAAUGCCCCGAGAUCAAGCAGCGGGGAUGACUUGGGAAGGCUUCAAGACAGAAAUAUAUAAUAAGUACGUGCCCAAGAGCUACCGGAAGGCAAAGGCAUCUGAAUUCUACAAUUUGACCCAAGGGCGCAUGACUGUGACCGAAUAUGACCGUGCGCUCAACAACAUGACCCGGUACGCACCUGACCAAGUCGAUACUGACGAGAAGCUGGCUGAAAAGUUCCGUGAGGGACUAAGGCAUGAGAUAAGGAUGUCGUUGGCUAGUCGUGGAAGACUCCCCUACGCGGAAGCAACACCACCAAGUGCUUUAAUUGUGGGGGAAACGGCCACUUCUCUAGAGAGUGUCCGAGCAAGAAUGUGGGAAUGGGGUCGAGACAGAACACUCAAGGAUCCCGCCAGCAGCCAAGGGCACUGCAAAUUGAAUCAAGGGGAAAUCGCGAUCAACCUCCGCGACAACAGCAACCUUACCGCCCAAGACUCCCUUCCCAGGCUAGAGCAUAUGCCUUGA